GGAUGGAAUGGGGAGGGGGAUAAGUUCUUUACAUUGCUUCCGUUUUGUUGAACAGUGUGAAAAGGCGUGUUUCGUUCGUUAAGUCAGCAGCCAGCAAGUUUCUUUAGCUGAUUGACAAGGCUCUUUUUCCCCCUCGCGCAGCAUUCAUUAGUUUGAUCAAGAUGGUUGAUAACAAUCCGUCCUCCGAUUCGCCUGAAGAGACACCAAACCCUGACCCUGAUGAGAAUGCUCCUCCUGAGAAUGACCCCGUGCUCGAUGCACUCGCCAAGAGGCUACAGGAGACUCUCUUGCAAGGGAUGAGGCACAAGUUUUGGGAAACCCAACCUGUCAAGCAAUUCAAGGACAUCGGAGAUAUUAGUCUGCCCGAAGGCCCCAUAGAACCACCUAUCCCGUUAUCUGAAGUGAAGCAAGAACCCUACAACCUUCCUAAUCUUUAUGAAUGGAUCACUUGCGAUAUUGAUUCGGAAGAGACGCGUGCUGAGGUUUGUAAUCUUCUAACCCACAACUACAUAGAGGAUGAUAAGAACAUGUUCCGGUUCGAUUAUUCAAAGGAGUUCCUUCGCUGGGCGCUCCGCCCUCCUGGUUACUGCAAGAGCUGGCACAUUGGUGUCCGUGUCAAGAGCUCAAAAAAAUUGGUUGCUUUCAUUGCCGGUGUACCUGCAAGAAUUCGUGUUCGUGACAAUGUUGUCGCCAUGGCCGAGAUCAAUUUCCUGUGUGUUCAUAAGAAGCUCAGAUCUAAAAGACUUGCCCCUGUCAUGAUCAAAGAGGUCACCAGGAGGGUUCACCUCGAAAACAUCUGGCAAGCUGCUUAUACUGCCGGAGUGGUCCUUCCAACGCCAAUUUCGUCCUGUCUAUACUGGCAUAGGUCUUUGAACCCAAAGAAGCUGAUUGAUGUUGGUUUUUGUAGACUUGGUGCAAGGAUGACAAUGAGUCGAAUGAUCAAGCUGUACAAGUUACCAGAUUCAACAUGCACCCCAGGGUUCAGACAGAUGGAGCUUCAUGAUGUUCCUGCAGUCACACAGCUCCUGAGGAAUUACUUGAACCAAUUUGAAGUCGCCCCAGACUUCGAUGAAAAUGACAUAAAGCAUUGGCUUCUUCCUACCGAGAAUGUUGUUGACAGUUAUGUGGUGGAAAGCCCUGAAUCUCAUCAGAUUACUGAUUUCUGCAGCUUCUAUAGUCUUCCUUCGUCUAUCCUGGGCAAUCAGAAGUACUCAAUUCUCAAGGCAGCUUACUCUUUCUAUAAUGUUGCCACAAAGACUCCUUUACUUCAACUGAUGAAUGAUGUUCUUAUUGUGGCCAACCGAAAGGACUAUGAUGUGUUCAAUGCCUUGGAUGUCAUGCAAAAUGAAACCUUUAUAAAGGAACUGAAAUUUGGGCCAGGUGACGGGAAACUCUACUAUCUCUACAAUUACUGGUUAAGAGAUACAUUGAAGCCAAUGGAGCUCGGCCUAGUGCUUUUGUAACUUGAGCUCCGAGUUUGGUUCUGGUGUGGAGAAAGAAAACUCUUUCUUUGUGCAGUUACUUUGGGAGCAAAAAUGCAAUAAUUCUUUGUUCUGCCGUUGCUCCCAUUUGAAUUUUUGAUUUGUUCGACCUAGUGAAACAAUAUUUUGGAAGCUCUGAGCGGGUGAUUCAGCUAUGAAUCAAGUGUUGAAAUGU